AUGACUCUGCCACCACCGACAACAGAUGUUCCAAGUAUGGCUAAAUACCCUUUCUACUCUUCUUACCCAGGUAACUCGUCAGAGUCCUUUCAGUGCUCCCGGGAGGGCGAGUCGGUUGGAUUUGCAUAUCCGCCCUCUUACUCUCCCGCUACUGGUCCCUUUCCAGAUCGCCGCAUCUCGUCUUCGCCCAGUAUUCUGACCCCUUCGCCAGGAGCCAGUGAUGGCCUGAGCCCCAGUCUUUCUAGCGUCAAUACCGGGAGUUCACAGGGUUCUCAAGCACCAGGCAACAUGUAUUCAUAUGUUUCCACGGCAUGGACUGCACCAAACAAUUCUUCCUACACUGUCAGCUCUGCGACCCAGGCUCAGCCAACCCUUGGCCAACAGCACUUCGGUGGACGAACCCACCCGAUUUACAACCAAGGUCCCGGAAUGCAUCAAUAUAAUCACCCUCGAAGUUCUCAGUCGCCGGCUACUGGAGGUGACGGACUCCCAGCACCCCCUUACGACCAAGUGAAUCAACCUUUCCAGACUUCGAUCUCGGGCGGAGGUGGCCAGACCACUCCACCAGGCCUCACGACAUCUCAACACGCUCAGGGUGGAAUUUUGACUUCGCAAAGCUCGAUAGCGACGCAACCUCCUACUCCUUCGAGCGUAUCGGCACAUGUCGAUUCAUAUACGCACUCGAGGCCCCCCAGCACACCGAACUACUAUACAUCCUCUGCAACUCAGCCGCCUAGCUAUCCACCAUAUGGUCACCAGCCUUCACCAACCCAGCAUACCUCUUCUAAUGGCGGCCCUGUGCCUAGGGGCCUUGGAUCGAUGUCGGGCCCGCAUGGUGUUGGCAUGGCACCCCCUGCUCCCUAUCGAUCAUACACCUCUUAUCAGCCCCUCCCUACCAUGGGAGGAUCAGUCCUAUCCAACAUUCAUCAACCUGGAAGCCAGAUGUCAAUGAUCCCAGGGAUAAAGGAUGCUUUGAAGCGACAUCGGCUUGUCAAGGGUUGCGAAAACAAGAGCAACGAGAAUACUGGUGAUGGUAACGGAGCAGAUCGCAGUGGAGAGGAGAACGACAGCCCUGACGUCAAGAGGGAAUAA